AUGCUGCUCACGCGUAUUGUCGUGCUGAUCUUUGCGAUCUUGCUUGUGGCAUGCGGCGUGGGCGCGACGCUGUUCCCGCUUAUGCGCAAGAAGGGGCUCGUGAUUGACAGCCAUUCCUUGGAGAAGAAGGUGUACUUGUGGUACGAAGAGAUCCACUACAGAGACGGGCUGACCGACCACUACUACCGCACAUACCACCGCAACAGCAAGUGCGAUGGGUUCAAGGCCGCUGCGAUGACCGGUGCCGCUCUCCACGUGGCUGCGUGCGGCGUGGGCGGCAUCAUCUGCCUCCUGGCCGCGGCACACAUCUACGCACGCAAGAAGGUCACCAUCUGCUGCUUCAUCAUGAUCCUCAGCUUGGUGACAUUUGCCUGCUUCGCCGUGUCAGUCGCGACCGUGGUCUUCGUCUUCUGCGCGGACACCUGCGUGAACGACGAGGCGACGCGGGUGGUGGCCCUGCGCCACCAGGGCUACACCCUCGUGGAGGGGUUUAUUCUGCUCUGUGUAGCGGCGUUCGGCUUCUUGAUUGCUAUGUUUCUGGAGGUCUGCAGCUAG